CACUCUCGUUAUCCUCUUGAAGGAUUUUCAAGGAGCCAAUUAAAGGUUCAAAUAUCAUCAUCACGAAAGGUCAGGAUAAGUGGUGAACGACAAAUAGAUGACAACAAAUGGAGUCGUUUUUACAUGGAAUUACCAAUCCCAUCAGAUUCAGACACAAACGAAAUUGCAGCCAAGUUUGAGAGAGGCACUUUGUAUGUCAAGUUUCCAAAGCUUAUCACUCCUGUUAUCCCUCCCCAGCCAUCGCAGCCGCCGACCCAACAAGCUCCACCGCCACCUCCUCCUCCACCUCCUCCUCCUCCACCGCCACCUUCGCCGAGAGGGGAACCGAAAGCAGAACAAGCAAUAGAAAAGAAGCCUGAAAAGAAGGAUGAGACAAUGAUGGACCAGAAGGGGAAAGAACCACCAAAAGAAGAGCAGAAGAAGGAAGACAUUCCAAAAGCAGGGAAAGAAUUGGUGGAGGAAGCAAAAGCAAAAGCCCGAGAAACAGAAGACCGUCAUAAGCAAGAAGCAGAAUCCAGAAGAAGGGCUUCAUUUUCUGAAGGACUGAGUUCAAUGCAAGUUCAGGAUUACAAGGACGCCAUCGUUGGUUGGGUUGCAGAGCUGACGAAUCAGGAGAAAGUAGUGAACAAGCUUGUGUUAGUCUUCGUGGUUCUUUGCUUGGCCUCUAUCUCAAACACUUGA